UCUAUUCUGUAGUGUACUGUGACUACGCCGUAGUUCACACGACAAGAAAUAUUUCAGAAAGGUCAAACAUUUCACCUUUACGGUAGUUUUGGCAUUAUGAAAUCUCUUGCAUUUCUGGCAAGCUUUAUUGCAGUUGGACUGUAUGGUGUCAAGUCUCAAGUUGACGGCAUUCGACAGGCAGGCUAUUAUGAUCGCCCAAUAAUUGGACAGGAGGACCCCAUUGGGCCAGGUUUUUGGAAAAAUAAAUUUACUACUGUAGUUUCUCGGCGUGACAUAAGCGGCCUGGAUCAGACAUCACUGUUUGACGCCAUUUCAGAAUUACUGGUUAAAGCCAGACAAGGGAUAGAUGUAGGCGAGCUGGCAAAUGAAACUGAGCAGAUUAAACAAAUGGCCGCGGUCAUCAGAGGCGAAACUGGGGUAGCGGUCAAUUCCGAAAAAGUACACCAGAUCAUAAAUGACGUUGCGAGUACAUUCAACAGAGCCACCUCUAUCUCAGCUCUCUUCGAUGAUCCAAUGGACUUUCAGGUCAGCAAGAUGGACUCUGCCCUCCUCUUGUUGAAUGGGCUAGCGGCAAAAGCACAAGAGAUGCAAAAGUCCGGUGAACCGUUACAGGAUGUCAUGGCAGCCAUUGAAAUGACGUGUUCGGCUAUAGAGGAAGUCAGUGAAGACAUUGUAGGUAUUGAGAUAUUCUAUGGCGCACUGGAAAAUAGUAAGAAGGGGGAAGAGAAGAAAGAGCAAAAGCGAAAAGAAGAUGGACACUGGGAAGGCGGAGCAGGAUAUUCCCAGGAAUCAGGAUUCCACGUCGGAGUGAAGUACCGUUGGGGUAGACGCUAAAAGGCUGCAACACUCGCCAUUGACUUUCAAGGAUAUGACCAGAUAUUCUAAAUUCUAAAUAAACCAAAUGCAACUUCC